GGGAAAGGCAAGCUGACGGGGGCGGGCUCAUUUUCAACACGUUUGUUGCGUUGUUUGUGUUGGUCAUUCCGUUGAGUUGGUUGAAGAACUUUGGUGUGUGGUCAAGGACAAGCUCAACAGAGACUUGCGGGACUAUUUAGCGUUUGUAUCAUACCAACUAGAAUCGCUGGACCGUUGCCAACUGACGACACUUUGGAGACUGUGACGAGUAUAGAUAGCGUCUCAGUUGUCUUUAGUGACAAACUAUUGCGUUACUGUUUGGGUUGGAGGGGGCUGCUGGUGGAGUUUGAACAUCUACAUUUGACUUCCAAAGUGGAAUGCCGCAUGCGAUUCACUCUCUGCAACUACCGAACGAGGGAUUACCGCCGUUGAAAAUAGCCGCGCAAACGCGAUAUCCCCUUUUCCCGUCAUCCCACACCACGGUAUGCAUCCCAAAAUGCCUGCAACUGGUGUAGAAUUUGCAGUGUUCCCGUUACCCCUUCCCCUCAAUCCCAUCACGCCGCCCUUGGUAUCGAUCUUACCUGCAACACCGCCAGUUGCGACCCAUAUGACAUUGGUUGCAGAGGAUGACCAGGCGACACAGGAAGGAUCUACGCAGGAAGGAAAGAAUACGAUGGGAGAUCAUUUGUCGAUGAGUGGAUCGGAAUCGGGUGGAUCGCCUGAUCAGGUUGAUGAACGGGAGAUUAUUGAAGGAUAUUUUGCUCAACCUACACCAAGGAGGUGGCGACGGUCCACACCUUUGAAGCGACGAAGUGCGUCCCUUGGAAGGCUGGCGGCUGAACAGAGUGAUGAGAACACGGAAGCUGGAUAUGCGGAAGAUAGUAGUGUUUGUAGUUAUGUUACUGCCGUGGAAGAUGGAGACCAAUGUUUGAAUGCCAAAAAUGUGAAUGCCGUUGAUGGUUCUGACGAAGGAGAAUGUGUGGACGGUGCCGUAACUAUUCCAACGGACAAGGGAAUAACAGAGAUAUCAAGUCCUGGAAGGGUGAAUCACAAUGACCCGACAAUUACCGUUGUCCAAGCAGAAUCGGCCCCACAAACACCACCAGCAACGGCGACUGUGGAAUGUCCUCCAAAUGUGGCACUGCCAUCAGAAUUACCUGUCAACGCUGGGCGGACGGGUGAUUCAGACACAAUAGAACAACCUGCGGCUGGAACAAACCCGGUAGUGACGAGGAAUGAUAUCAUGCCAAGUAUCUCAACAGUCCCUGUCAUUCCUACGGACGUACUAGGAUCAUCACAGCCUGCGCCUAGUCAGGAGCAGCCGCAGAACGCAUUAGAACCUGCUCUAGCACACCAACCCACUGAUAUACCGCGAGCGAGCUCGAUCGGUUUGGUGUAUGUAAACAAAGAGUUGCCUCCAAUAAUGCGUACUCUUCCCGAAAUUGUGGUUCCUGCACCAUCAACCGGUGAGAUGGGACGCCCGCCACCCGAGAAGGCCUUGCCGCAAUUGCCCACUGACCUACCGACAACGGUACCCACUAAUGUUCAAGCAACUGCGGCAAGAUCUCCAGUUCCGAUUCCCGUACGAUUGGCUAGUAAAAUGCCAAUACCGGGGCUAGUCGCAUUCGCUUCACAACCCCCUCCUUCGGAGCCUAAAUUGCAGGCACGUCCUUCGUUAUUUAAAAAGAAGGAUCGCUCUGGGAUCAAAACAAGUCAGUCUACUGGAAUACCCCAAGGGCCCAUUCCAAACGAACACGGACACGACGCUUCUGCAGAUAAGCAAACACGGCCUGAUGAGGAAAGUUGGAGUGAUAUCUCGGAGAAUGCAGCUUUGCCACCACAUGCGAUAGACCAAACAGCCCGGCCUGUAGAGGUCAAAACCAGAGCGUCGGCGGAGGACCUUGGGCAAAAGCAUGCGGUAGCGGAUGCUCACGAACCAGUACAUCACGAGGACCUGCCUGUUGGCGCUGGUAACUUGCGUAGUACGACCGGUAGUGUGCGAUCGCUAUUUAAAAAGCGUCCGAAAAUGCUGAUAGAAGAGAACGUGUCGACCAACGAUUGGCAAAACCAGUCUGUCGCGGGUACUGACGCAAGUUCUAUCCCUAGUGAAGGUGCUGGACUGCUGGUUGAAUCAGUGGCCCUGCAGGACCAACAGAAAGACGGCCCUGAAGUCGCGGAAACCACGGAAGACGAUGAUCUGACGCCGUUAGCUUACUGGGUUAUCAAGCCGUCUGGCAUAGAAGCGAUGCCAGCAGCUGCUCGACCUCCUCUUCCUGGUAGCGCGAAUGCGUCGACUGCAUCACGAUCGCUCCAUGCACACAUCUUUGCACCGCACGCCCAGAUCGUACCAGAACCAGAACCUCCCAUCGUACCAUCUCGCAACAGUCUCACACUACCGCUCCCGGCAAGCGACAUACCAAUUCAACCACCGCCAGUAGCGGAGAGCACUACCAUGCCAGCGAGUGGACGAUUACACCGUCAACCCAGUGGUCGCCAUCGUCGUCAGCCAUCGUUAAAAGCACGUAGCGGGCUCCCCUCGACCGUUGUUAUAUCUCCGCGCAUCUCGUCACUUUUUGGGAACACAAAGAGGCAGGAGAUUUCGCGACGAAGGUUUACGUAUCUUGGUAGCGCCGAUGUCAUGAAUCCUGGCACCUCGGCCAGCCACCACAUCGACAAUGGACUUGGUCUAACCCCCGAGUUCGCCAACGCUAUUCCGCCUGAUCCGCGGGAAUUCGCUACAUGCCCUCUUUGUGUAGAUGUCUGUGAGCGCGCUGUUCGGCUGAGCUGUUGCGCAAAUGUGGCUUGCUCUUCCUGUAUUUGGCGAUGGUUAGCGCACAGCAAGAGCUGUCCGUUCUGUCGAUCGCGAAUUGGGCCGGGACAUGUGGCUCCAGCGCAGGAUGUGCAAGAUAUGGUCAAGAAUUUGGUGGUGCGCUGCAAGGCGGCUGGAUGUGGGUGGGAGGGACGACGCGAGCAGCUGAAUGAUCAUUUGGCGGAGGGCGUGUGUGCAUCGGAUCGAACGAGUAGCGAGUCUGGACUAGGUCACAGGCGGAACCCGAGCGUUGGUCGGAACCCAAUCCUAGGGCAUCGACGAAAGACCAGCGCAGGGAGGGGUCAGGGUAUCCCAGGGCAUAGACGGCAACCAAGCUCGGGAUUGGACGAUGUUCAACCUGGCAAAGGGCAUGGACAACCGUUGACACCAUCCUCGGACCCAGCCACGACCUCGGCGGUUCCUCCCCUGCGACGAUCAUCCAGUCGACGUAUUCUUAUCCCGCUACGAUCAGCCCACCCGCGCAUCAUUUUCAAAAGAAUGUCGAACGGGGGCGGAAUCGUUCGAUAUGAUCCCACAAUAACAUUCCCAUCCAUUGGUAUUCCGCCGCGAACCACGUCUGCUGCCGUAGAUCCCACCAUGUUCCCCAAACCAAUCCCAGAAAAGAGCGUAUCAUCUGAAGACAAACCACCGUCCGAGAUCUUGUCCAGCCCGUACGGGGAUAUCCCACCAACCCAAGAUCCACCGCUUCCCGUUCGACCUAUAGUUCAUGAUCCCGUCAGUGCAUCUCGUACCCUGAUCCGGGCCCGAAUCCCCACUCGAACAAUCAGUGUCACUCACAAGAGCCCACUAAACACUGGCACGCUAGUAAAACGCAACAGUUCGAUGCGCGGGACGAGUCAGCAUGAAGCGCUCGAAUUUACUGGUACGAGCUGGGAUCGAGAACCUGGCGAGGAAGACGAUGGUUGGCAUCCCAUAGAGAUGGCUGAUUCUGCUGGCGAUGAACAGGCUAUGCAUGACGACGAGUGGCGAGAUGUGGACGAUGAUGUUUGUCAAUUAGAGGCCGUCCCGGAAGAUCAAGGAGAGGGUGUUUCUACAGAUGGGCAACCUGGCAUACUAGAAAGUGGAAACCAACUGGGACAGAUGAAGACCACGGAGGAAGCUGGGAUUGUAUAUAGCGACGAGUAGCGAUUGCGAUGGUGAUUUUUUAAUCUGAAUCGUUACCGGAUAAAGUGCAAUGAUACGUUCAGGCAAAUGAAAAAAACUGAUACUAGCGUCUAAAACUGGGGCGGGAAACUAAACGUCGUGGAGUAUCCUACACACACCUUGUUUCUUUUUCUUUCAUGUUCUUCAAUCCCUUUUUUUUUGGGCGGGGAGGGUGAGGGCGGUGAAGUGAUCGGCUCUUUUUUAUUUAAUUGUCUUUCUUCUUGUAACCCUUUUGUAACGAAUGCAUUCGUAUUCUGAAGAAAUGUGAAUGACGUUGGG